AUGGCUCAACAAGCUCGCCCCUCCUCCUCCUCCACCUCCCACUCUGAAUCUUGGAAACAAGGUCUGCGCCCACCACCAAAAGACUAUCGCCCGCAGACCGAAGAUGUCACCGCAACGAAGGGCGUCGAAUUCGAAGACAUGUUCCUUCAAAGGGAACUCCUCAUGGGCAUCUUUGAGGCCGGCUUCGAGAAGCCGUCACCGAUCCAGGAGGAGGCCAUCCCCAUCGCACUCACCAAGCGCGACGUGCUCGCGCGCGCAAAGAACGGGACGGGCAAGACCGCCGCGUUCGUCAUCCCCUCCCUGCAACAGGUCGACGUGAACAAGUCGAAGAUCCAGGCGCUGCUGCUCGUGCCCACGCGCGAGCUCGCGCUCCAAACCGCGCAGGUUUGCAAGAACCUCGGCAAACACAUGGGCAUUCAGGUCAUGGUCACCACCGGUGGCACGACCCUCAAGGACGAUAUCAUGCGUCUCUCCGAGCCCGUUCACGUCCUCGUCGGCACGCCCGGCCGCAUACUCGAUCUUGCCGGCAAGAACGUCGCGGACCUCAGCCAGUGCCCUGUGUUCGUCAUGGACGAAGCCGACAAGCUGCUGUCGCCCGAGUUCGCACCCGUGAUGGAGCAAUUGCUCUCAUAUCUCCCCCAAGACCGCCAGGUCAUGCUGUUCAGCGCAACCUUCCCGCUUAUUGUGAAGGAUUUCAAGGACAAACACAUGAAGUCGCCAUACGAGAUCAACCUGAUGGACGAGCUCACGCUCCGCGGUGUCACCCAAUACUAUGCCUAUGUCGAAGAACGACAGAAGGUGCACUGUCUCAAUACACUAUUCUCCAAGUUGCAAAUCAACCAGUCUAUCAUAUUCUGUAACUCUACAAACCGCGUCGAGCUCCUCGCCAAGAAGGUCACCGAACUCGGCUACUCAUGUUUCUACUCGCACGCGAAGAUGCUCCAGUCGCACCGGAACCGCGUCUUCCACGACUUCCGCAACGGCGUGUGCCGCAACCUCGUCUGCUCCGACCUCCUUACCCGCGGUAUUGACAUCCAGGCUGUCAACGUCGUCAUCAACUUCGACUUCCCCAAGAACUCGGAGACGUACCUGCACCGGAUCGGCCGCUCGGGCCGUUUCGGGCACCUGGGAAUCGCCAUUAACCUCGUCACGUACGAGGACAGGUUCAACCUGUACAAGAUAGAGCAGGAGCUCGGCACGGAGAUCGCGCCGAUUCCCCAGCAGAUCGACAAGGGCCUUUACGUCGCGCCGUCUGGCCCAACGGAGGAGGAGGCGCAGGCAAUCGCCCAGGCGCAGGCUCAGCAGGCCGCGAAGGGCAAGGCACCGGCUCAACAGCAACAGCAGCAGGCUCCGCGGCAAGCGACCGCUCCGAUGAACGGUGGACAGAGGCAGGCGGGUCCCUCGCAGGUCGUGUACCAGAGCGGCCCACAGCCGAGGGCAAACGGUUCGGUUGCACCUCAGUCGCAGGCGCCUUAUCCCAACGGAUAUCGUGGAGUGCCCGUUGCGCGUGGAUGA